AAAACCCCCCUCCCCUCUCCUUCCAUCCCAUUGAAAGCAGCACAAAAAAAUGAGCACAGCAAGGUUCAUCAAGUGUGUCACCGUUGGCGACGGAGCAGUGGGAAAGACUUGCAUGCUCAUUUCCUAUACCAGUAACACUUUUCCCACGGAUUAUGUUCCGACAGUUUUUGACAACUUUAGUGCCAAUGUGGUGGUCGACGGCAGCACGGUGAACCUCGGGUUGUGGGACACUGCCGGGCAGGAAGAUUACAACAGGCUAAGACCUUUGAGUUACAGGGGAGCCGAUGUGUUUCUGCUGGCGUUUUCCCUGAUUAGCAAGGCCAGUUAUGAAAAUAUCCACAAGAAGUGGAUUCCCGAGCUAAGACAUUAUGCUCCUCAUGUCCCAAUUGUGCUUGUCGGAACCAAACUAGAUUUGCGAGAUGAAAAGCAGCUCUUGAGUGAUCAUCCAGGAGCAACAGCAAUAACAACAUCUCAAGGUGAGGAACUAAAGAAAAUGAUAGGAGCAGUUACCUACAUUGAAUGCAGCUCCAAAACCCAGCAGAAUGUGAAGGCUGUGUUCGAUACGGCAAUAAAGGUAGCUUUGAGGCCACCAAAACCAAAGAAAAAGUCUCACAAGAGAAGAUCAUGCCUUGUCCUUUGAAUUUCAAUCAGCAUUACACUCCAAUACUCGAUCGAAAACUGUCUGCAGAAACAAGUAUCAUCUGCUAUAUCAUUUUACCAUUGAU